AUGCCAAAGAAGAAACUUGCAAUUGGUGGGGCAGUGGUAGUGGCAUUGGCUGUUAUAGGCGUCAUUCUUGGCAUCAUCGUGUCUCGUCUAGGUGACGACGACGUCCCAGGUUCGGAUACUUAUGGCUCAACCUCAUCUGGUAGUGGCGAGAGCUCUACGGCCACACCAUCGGAUGGCACGAGUAAAGCGUCGAAGAAGAAAACUAACACUACCAAGUUAAUCACUUCCGACCCGACUACUGCAACCUUUUCGCUUUGUGUUUUUGCCAUUGGUGACUGGGGGACGACCCUGUACCAAGACUCGUGCUGCACACGCUCCGAAACGUACACGAACUUUGAUAUUGUGGCAGAAGAUGUUGUUGCUAGUCUCAUGGACACACAAGCAUCAACUUUGGAGACUGAUCUUAAAGUGAUCCUUGGCCACGGUGACAAUUUUUACUACACGGGUAUCAACAGUGAAAAAGGACGCAAUUCUCGGUUUAUGUCAACCUUCGAGAGCAAGUUUAAGGGUAAGUUUCUGCUUAACAUUCCCUUUUGUAAUGUACUGGGUAACCACGAUUACGGUGGUGGUAGCUUCAUUUGCUCGUAUGACGACGAGCCUGCCAAAUGCGGCAGUGUGACAGAAAUUAUUGUAGGUCUUGAGAAUAAGUUCAAAUGGCAGCAAGAGUAUACGAGUUACAACAACGAACGUUGGGUGCUAAAAGACCAUUUUUACGUCUACUCGAUUGAAGAUGCUGAGUCGGGUGUUAGUAUUGACAUUUUCAACGUUGAUACGGGUGACGCUGACGUGCAUGCUGCUCUGCAAGUAUGCUGUCAGUGUUUUGGCUACUCGGAAGGUAAUGACGACUCGUGCAAAGGUGUUGCUCGUGGGCAUAAAUUUUGCGCUGGUGGCGACACCGAGAUGUAUGAUGCAUGUUUUGCAAAAUUUGUGGAAUGGAGUGACGACUCGCGCAAGCAACUUGCCGAGAAGGUGGCGACGUCAACUGCGACGUGGAAGAUUGUUAACAGCCACUACAGCCCUCACGUGCACUAUGACGAGGAAGGAAUGAAAGAGUGGUUUGAUGUGCUAGAGGGUUCUGGCAUUCACGUUUGGAUGUACGGUCACACUCACGGUGAGAAGCACGACUAUUCGGAGCCGCUUGGCGUGCAUUUUGUGGAGAACGGAGCUGGAGGUGGUAUUCAGAAGGAAUCUGCCAGUGGUCUCACAGCAUAUGCAGCCAAGUAUGCCAAAAACAUGUGGACGUACUCAGGCAAUGAGUAUGGUUUCUUUUCGGUGAAAGCCUCGGAAGAAUGGCUAAAACUCCAGUACCACACGGCUGAUUCUUCAUGGUCGUUCGGAUCCAGUAUGAAUGAAACAACGAUUGGUGGGGUGGAAACAAAGCAUUGCUGGUUCAUUCCUGCUGAUGGCACGGAAGGCAAGGAGUGCACUCCUUAA